GCACGAAAAAAAAAUUAGCAAAAAGAGUAGCCCAGUGAGAAAUUGGAAUUAAAAUUAAGCAAAUUUUAUAAGCAAAAUUAUAAAAUAAUGAAAAUUAACAAAAUGUAUUUUAAAGAUAUAUUCCCUAUUAUCUUUAAAAGAUUUGGAACAUAAAAGGCAUUGCAUGGCACCAAAGGCAUUUAGAAACAUAAAAUAUUUCUCGCAGGGCAUAUUUGGUUUUGCGCUAUAGUCUUACAUGAUGUUAAUUCGUUGCUGGCUCGACAACGACUGAACGAUAGAGCGUAAGCGUACGUGUGAAGUUAGUUUGCACCAGGAAUAAAAGGCUGGUUAGUGAACAACGCAGAAACGUGGGUCGUGUCAGCUGGGACGACCUAUCUUAUGGGCGCGCAAUGUAACUGAACAGUGAAAAACGCUACUCUGACGUGACGUUGACGUGAGAAUCUGCGAGAUUUGGAUUUUUGCCGUCGCAAACGUCUCAGCUGAUUGCUCUCUCACAACGCAGGGUUGCCAAUAUCAAUAUACUGGAGUAAUUAUCAACUUUUAUAAUUCAAUCUGUUCAAUGUGUUUCAAUAUGUUUGAAAUUUUCUUAAAAUAACUCAAAAUCAGAGUCGAGUGCUAUUAUUUAUAAAUAUAUAAACUAUUUUUAAUAGUUUGUUUUCAGUUUAUAUAUUUUAUAUUGUAAAAAUUGUAAUUGAAAACAUAAAUGUGCUCAAAACUAUAUAUGCGUAUUGGGCAAUGGCAACAUUGUUCAAAUGUAAACAAGCGUCAUUAAAACAAACGUCAAAUCAAAGAGUUUGUUGGAUUUUUAAUUUGUGCGUAUAAAUAAAAAAAUGGAUGACGAAAAACUUAUUAGUUUAGUGGAAAGUAGAAGUGAGUUGUACGAUAAGAGCAAUAAAUUUUACAAGCUGCAAUCCAGAAAGGAUGGCGUGUGGAACGAAAUUGGGAGGGAAUUGAACGCAAGUGGAGAAAUGUGUCGCCGUAGAUGGCUGACACUUAGGGACCGGUACGGGAGGGAAGCGCGGAAGGCUAACGCCCCCUCAGGCAGCGGGACUGAAUUUCAAAGACAGUGGCAUCUAUUAGACUCAAUGAAAUUCCUCAAACCACAUAUUUUGCCGAGACCGAUUAGAUUUUCACACAAUAUUUGUGUAAACAAUAUUGCUACUGCUACGGGUCAAUCAACAGACGAAACAGUGGUACAAGGAGAUGCGCAGGAGGAAUCACCACCAUUAUGGCCCUUGUCGCCAAUAGGAAUAUCGCCGCCGUCGCCAUCGCCUCCUUUCCCCGUGGCGCAAAGUAUACCAUCCCCGAGUCCUUAGGCAUCAACCUCGGUUCCCUCACCAUCCUGCUAUACGCAAGUUGCAAACAACAGGGGUAGAAAGCGAGGGUCAUCUGGGCCAACUUCUAGCGAGAUUGACCAGAAGAUGAUUGAAGCCAUCGAGGUUUUCAAACAUAAAAUAGAAUCUAUUCAACCUACCCAGCAGACUCAACAACAACAGAGUACAAAUCCAGCAGUAAAAUCAUUCACCUCAUUAAUGGCUUCUAUUUUAAACAAAAUGGACGAGGCAAAGCAAACGAGAGCUAUGGAAAAGGCAUUACAGGCUGUGUUUGAUGUGCAGAAUGAGUAAACAUGAGAAAGAAAGAUAUAUUUAUUU